CUGGCCCUGGUGCGCCAGUACCUGCGGGACCUGCUGCUCUGGGCCGAGAGCCUGGACAGCCUGGCCGGCGUGCUGCUCUUCACCGUGGGCUUCAUCAUCGUGUCCUUCCCCUGCAGCUGGGGCUACAUCUUGCUCAACGUGGCUGGCGGCUACCUCUACGGCUUCGUGCUGGGCAUGGGGCUGAUGGUGCUUGGCGUCCUCGUUGGCACCUUCGUUGCCCACGUGGCCUGCAAGCGGCUGUUGGCCCACUGGGCGCGGACCAGGAUCCAGGGCAACGAGACGCUCAGCGCCAUUGUCCGCGUCGUGGAAGGUGGCAGCGGCCUCAAGGUGGUGGCUCUGGCACGGCUGACGCCGAUCCCCUUCGGGCUGCAGAACGCCAUCUUCGCGAUUACAGAUUUGUCACUACCCAACUACCUUAUGGCUUCUUCAGUUGGGCUGCUUCCUACUCAGCUUCUGAACUCAUACUUGGGCACUACCUUGCGCACCAUGGAGGAUGUGAUUGCAGAACAAAGUGUUAGUGGCUACUUUAUAUUCAGUUUACAGAUUGUCAUAAGCAUAGGACUAAUGUUUUAUGUCGUUCACCGAGCUCAAGUGGAACUGAAUGCAGCUAUUGUAGCAUGUGAAAUGGAAAUGAAGACAUCGCUUGUUAAAGACAGUCAACCAAGCAUCAGUGGUUCAACCACAUACUGCAACAAAAGGACAGUAGCAUUCUCUGGAGGAGGCGUCAAUAUUGUGUGAUUUCAAGUAUUAAUAAAGUAAGGUUUUGUGAACCUAA